UUGCAACAAAACGUACUAGACGAUUUGAUGUUGCGGAAACAUCAGCACCACAUGUCGAUCUGUCAACGUCCUCAGCCUUCUCAAAGUGUUUACAUUCGAAACAGGAAUCGGCGAAAUGACUGAGACGUCUACAAUAAAAGUUGGGGAUUACGUCGUUAUCCAGCGACAAAAGUAUACAAAGUUACACAAAUACGGCUCAUUAGACUCAAUAGUUAUACUCGGCAAGCAGAAAAUAUCACUACGAAGCAUCGCCGGCCAGAAAUACUUCACCACAUUCAAAAUGGUCCCAAAUGAAAAGAACCCAAAAUCGGGCUUCAGUCUGGAAGUUUGUUCAGAAGCUGAAGCAAAAAACCUCCGAGACGCCCUGAACGUCCAAGAGUGCGGCACGGACAACAGAAACAUCCUCGAUGACGGUGAAUCCCAAGGACUCAAAGCUGACGACAUCGACAAGUUGCGCGGAGAAUGCUCUGGCUCGACCGAACUUAUCGAAAAAAUCGUGGAAAACUCAAAAACUUUCACGAGCAAAACACAGUAUUCGCAGGAGAAAUAUCUCAAGAAAAAGUCGAAAAAAUAUUGUGAGUUUAUCUGCAUCCGCAAGCCAACAAUUCGUCUUCUAUCUGAGAUCUACUAUCGACAGAAGCCCGAGGAGAUUAUGGGAAUCCGAAUGGACACGUUGUCCCAGAUUGUCUCCUACUCGGGGAUCUCGGCGUUUGGGAACUACUUGUUGUACGAUUCUGGGUCGAAUGGACUUCUGGCUGCCACGAUGCUCAACUCAAUAGGAGCCGGAACUGAAGCGAAACUUGUUAACUUACAUCCAGGGAAUGAGCCCCAGAAACAAGCCUUCCUCGCACUAGGAUUUCCCCAGGAGCAGGCAAGCCGCUGUGUUUCCGUGAACAUAUACUCUGUUCUGCGACAGUACUACCAAGGGGAAACCACACUCAAUGGAACGGAACCCGUUGCAGCCGGGAGCAAGCGAAAGCCGGACGAUGAUGAAAACGCUCCAGUCGAGGAAAAGCGACAACGGUUGGAGGAACCAAACCCGGAGAUGGUAACCAUCGAGCCUAAAACCGAACCUACUGACAAAAAACUUAAGUGGCAGCUUGAGAACGAACGAGCCGUGGAGCUGAUGAAGGGGAAGUUCGACUGCUUGGUGAUAGCUGCCAAGGAGCAUCCUCAGAACAUAAUAAAGGCGCUGUUACCGUUUCUUAAGCCUUCGCGACCGUUGGUCAUAUUCAACUCUUGUCGGGAGGUGCUGAUGGAUAUUUACGUGGACUUGAAAGCUUCCGGUGAGGUGAAUGGGCUACGCCUGGCUUCGAACUGGCUCCGUUCUUAUCAAAUACUCCCCAAUCGGACGCAUCCCGAGGUCAAUAUGAACGGGAAUAGUGGAUUUAUAAUGUUUGGUUAUUCUGUUUCAUGAAUAAAGGUUUCGUUAUUAGAAUCUUAGAAUAGCAGGAA